UGUCACAGUAAUCCCUACGUGUCGCCAAAUCUCUGGCGUCCUGUUCCUGAUGCAACUGAUAUCUGAAGAUUACAGAAUCAAAUCAGGCCCUAAAAGAAAUUGAGGCGCUGUAUUUUACCAAAGAGGACUUUAGGGGUCCGUCAGCGGAGAAAAUUACGAAGCGAUUUAGGUACACCAGAAGCAGGGGCAGCCAGCCGGAUGAUCUGAGUGUUUCCUGGCUUUGAUGCGACCCGAGGGUGCCUGGAGUAUGUCCACAGUGGGCCUGACUGCCCAGGAGAUUUCUUUUCCCAUAGAAAACCCCUUUCUCCGGGGCAGCUACUGUUACAGCAUGGCUGGAUCUAAACCAUCCUGGAGUGAACGCCAUGUGCUGGACAACUGCUACUUCAGUAUGGACGCUCCAAAUUCAGAUCACAGCUAUCGUGCCCAGCAAAAGGGGCCACCUCCGAGUUAUGAGAGACAUAAACACAGUCCCAACUCACAGAGAUUACCCCCAAAGAAACCCUGGCCCUUCAACCUUUCCCUGUCCUACAACAUUGAACCUAGCACCCCAAGUUCUGCUGACAAAGACCAGGUGGUCCCCUCGUUCAAGAAAUUGUCAUUCCAAGAGGGGAACAGCCCACCACAGACACCUAGCAGAUGUUCUAAGCCUCUUCCCCCUCUUCCCACACGGACAGAUAUCUCCCAUGAGCAGGCUAUGGACAGUGAGGUAGAAUAUUUUACAAGUUCAGAUGACAGCUGCUGCCUGGUGCCUGAACCCUAUUCUAAAUCAUCUGUUCGAAAUAAUUUAAGCAGAAGGAGCUUCAGGGACUGUGGGCAGAUUAACUAUGCUUAUUAUGAAGGGCCAGUAGGACCACAAAGCCCACAGCAGCCCCAACAGCACCAUCAAGCAAAUCCUCCACAGGAAGAACAGGAACAGUAUGAGCAGCAGCAGCAGCAACAGGAACAACCUGAGCCAGUGGCCUGUCAGAGACUGCAGGACAAGGCUCAGAGGAAGCUAAGACGCUCUCAUUCUGGACCAGCUGGAUCUUUACACAAGCCCUCACUGCUGCGAUUCACAUGCCAGAGAAGGCACCCCAAUGGUAUGGAUAAACCAGAGGUUCCCCCUCCUAUACCUCCACGUACACUCAAGACAGGAGACUGCAGGCGCUGGUCAGCAGAGGUCUCAUCUGGGGCUUACAGUGAUGAGGACAAACCACCCAAAGUGCCCCCAAGGGACCCUUUGUCCAGAGGUAGCUCCCGUACUCCCAGCCCCAAGAGCCUCCCAACAUACAGUAAUGGUGUCAUGCCUCCAACCCAAAGCUUUGCACCAAAUCCUAAUUAUGUAAGCGGUCGGAGUUUACAGAGACAGAACAGUGAGGGCUCCCCAUGCAUCCUUCCUAUUAUGGAGAACGGCAGGAAGGCCAGCACCACACAUUACUACCUUCUGCCUUUUGCAGGCUCGCCUUGUGACUGCCACACCGGAAAGAAAACACAGGUGGAUUUUGUUUGAAACGUUUUUGUGGAAGAAGUAGAGGACUCUACUGUACAUGAGCAAAAACCACUUGACAAAAUGGUGAAACUGGACGCUAAGAAUCUUUAAACUGCUGCUUUUACUUUUUUUUUUUUUUUUUUUAAACCCUUAUGCAUUUUGAACACAUGGGGUAUUUGUGCACUGUAUACAGUUACUGGUAAUGUUGAAACAGCUGUCACAACCAAGAUACUUUCUGUGAAAACUGUAUCUGACUAAACAUUGUGGGCAAAGUUCAACAGUCUAGCUUAUUUUUUAUAUAUUUUUGUUUUCUGUCAUUCAAUAUUUUGCUCUCUUUAGUAAUGAUGUGGUACAAUCAGACGGUACAGAAGGUACAAGCAGGUCUUGUACCUUGUGUGCUCAGUGUUUCGUGUCUGAAACAGUGUGGAUAUUUUGUGAGAUACACUGGGGCUUUUUGACGCUGCUCGUGCAUUUCAUGAGGGGCAAAAAGGUCAGUAAUGAAACCAUGUAUCACUUAAUAUAUGAAGUCUAAAUAUAAGCCCGAUUUGAAUUUACAAGAAAAUGAAGGAUUCUAGCAUGAUUUUGUUUGCUAUUAUAUAUCAACAGUGAUAUGGGUUUCCUGUCUUGAUGUAGUUUUAGUCUUGUUCAGGCCAACUACAUCAAUGUAAAUUUGUGGGGAUUUUUAAAAAAAACUUUUUCCCAUAUGGCACAUUGUCAUGGUACAUGUACUAGUAGGUGAGUUCAUUACUGGUAGCUAACCGUGUUUAUUUUGGAAUGUCUAGUGCAGCUGAUUUUGGUGUAACAUCUGCGUGUAUUUGUGUGUGGAUGUGCGGUGAUGCGUUUGUGCAUAUGUGCAUGCGAACAGCAGUUAGAAAAGUCUUCAAUUAGGAAAGAAUUGCCAGCAAUGCUUGUUACUGUGCAACACUUGUUUGCAGUGCCUGCUUCUUAGUACAGCCCUCUAAGAAGUGCACACAUUUGAUUUAUUUCUGUCAGUCUCCAGAUCUGUUUUGUUGCACAGGAAUUGGUCUGUUGACUGUCAAUGUGUGCUGUUCUUCCAAUUGAAGCUUAUUUUUGGUCAAGCUGUGAGUCAUUGCUUGAAACAAAUUUGCCUCAAGUACUACCUCACUUUGAUAUUAAUUUUUAUAUUUUUAUAAGCGCCCUGUUAUUUUAAAUUAUAAUCCACAAAAGAUGAGGUAACAGCCGCAUAUGUGAUCAAACACAUAAACAAUGAAUUAAAACGAAGUCCAUUCUAACCAGAUAGCCUAAUAUGGAGAUUUUAGAUGAAACAGAUCUUUGAUGAGAGAUGUUUGACUAAUCUGUUAAUACAAAUGCAUUACAAAGACAGUGCAGGGUUUACCUACCCGACACAGACUUUCCUGUUCUGCACAUGCAUUCCUGCUUUACAUGAUUGCAGUAGGUGUGGUCUGAAAGACUUUGGCUGCUGGCAGCCUACAAAAUGUAUGAAUUUUAUUGUUGUACAUUAUUCACGUGGCGUCAUGAUGAUAUAGAAAAUGUAGCACAGGUAUUGAAGUAUCCCUUGGUAUCAAACACGGUGUUCAGUUUGGGAAACAAAUAACUGCUAAGGUCAAUCGGUCAUUGAAGUAUGCUUUUCCUCUUCCUCCUGUUCACAAAUCUUACCAACACAAUGUUGCUUUUGACUUAAAUGUUUGGAAAAAUGUUUACAUCAUAUGCGAAAAAAAACUAUUUAAUCUUAAGGUAUUCAUAUGUCUUAUUAGAAAUAUUAAAACUGAAUGAAGACAAGUUUCUCAAGAAAUAACACUGCUGUGGUGAAAACAUGCACUGGGAGAGUUCAGUAUGCUGUGUACAGUAUUUAACAACUUCAUUUGUUAUUAUGAAUAGUUUAUAAGUAUAUAGUGUUUUAAAAGAAAGCAAUAAUAA